AAACAUCUCUCGUCUGCGUUCUUACUCAUUCUCCGCCCUUGUCCCCUCGCUUUCUCUCUCUCACCUGCUGCUUCUCAUCCCGCCUUCGCUGUCUCUGCGCCCGACAUGGCCUCCUCCUAAGUUCUCACCUUCCGCGUCUGGUUCCCGCCCCGUUGCGACCGCCCAUCUGCACUGCUCGCCGCCCGCAGACGCACCAUGCCCGUCUGGUCACCGUGCUGCUGAGCUUGGUUUCCCGAUCCGCAGAGCCUGCAAAUCCCAUCUCGCACCCUCGCUCCGCUGAAAUCUCACCUUCUCUCUUCUUCUCCACAUCACGUUCGCACGCGCUCUACCACGCACACGACCAUUCGCACCGUCUUUGCGAUCCCUCGCUCCUCUUCUCCCGGGUUUGUACAAAAGACCUCGGGGUGGUGCGUUUCUUCGCGCGGCGCAGUCGUACAAUGGACCAUCGUCCUGGCUCGUUCUCUUCUGCCAGACCGCCGAUCCAGAACCCCAACCACUCGUCGCAACCACCCUCGUCCGGUGCCUACCAUCCUCCUCCCCCACUUCCUCCUCAUCCGCAAUCAAUGGCGCCGCAGCAGCCGUCCUACCAGAUGCCUGCGUCCGAUCCAUUCCAGCGGCGGCCUGCCGACCCUUUCAUGCCGACGACCAGUGCGGGUUCACAAAGAAGAGACAGUUAUGGACGAGAGACGGCCCAUGUAUCGCACGCGGAGAGAGCCCCGGCUCUCGGCCCAGCGUGGACGAGCACUUCAGGAAACUCCUCAGCAUCAUCAAGCAUCCAUCACAGCCACCACUCCGGUCCUCCGCCACCUGUGCUCUCGCAGCCAUCUGCCGGUGCGCAGACUCCUUCCUACCAACACGAGCAUACCCGCAACCGUUCCGUCGGCGGCCACUCUCCGCCGAGGUACUAUGCGUCCGCUUCUUCUGCAGCAUCAAAUGAACCACCGCCUCCACCCGUAGCAUACAUGAACCGUCAGAUGCCUCCCCCGUCACCAUCACAACAGGCGCCCACCGGCCCUGCGUUCCAACAAGGCCCACGUGGCCCUCCUCCUCCUACCUUUGCUACCGGUCGCGAGCUGCCUGGCCUGGGCACCAGAGGGCCUGGCGCCGGUAUGUCGAUAUCCUCCAUCUUGGGAGAUGUGCCGUCACAGUCGCAGCCACCGCCGCCGCCGAGCCAUUCACACCGCGGCUCGCCCGCCGGCACCUCGCAGUCCCCACCUAGUCUCUCACAGCAGCCCGUCUCACCGCAUAAAAGAGGCCACUCAACCGCAUCGAAGCUGUCAGACUACCAGUGGCGCCGUCCGCAGACACCAGAGCGGCAUCAUCUACCUGCCGGUCUGCGCAAUGAUGGUCUCUCAUACUCAGCAAACUCAUCGCCCGCUCAAUUUGCCGGGGUAAAGAGGUCGCCGGAGUUUGCGAGGAGCGGGCCGCCGUUGUUCCAUCACGCCUACCAGUCAGCUGGCCCUGCCCCGCGAGCCUAUCAAGGGUCGCCGAAUGAAGCGCACGAGAGGGAUCCACCGAGAAAAGUCGAUGAACGCAUGCCUCCACGGCCAAACAGUCAGCCCGCCGGAGGUGUUAGGCCUCCUCCUGGGGAUGGUGCUUCAAGAGAGCCGAUGCCUCCGUUCGGGGGUGCGAUUAACCGUCCGCCUUUCACGCAGUAUCAUCCGCAGGAACGCAGGGACGACCCGCGACCGCCCACAACCACCUCAUUUGAGGUGGGACCCACGACUCGUGACAGGCCUGUAACUGUCGAGCCGCUCGGCCAUUCGUACAGCCCACGAAACAAUGCGCGUGAUGCGUCUGCCGCAGCUUCGUCUUCGGCGAGAGAAGGCCCAAAGGACGAGCCGAGACGGGACAUUGGAGGCAGGGAGGACCACUCGGCCCCAUUUAGAACAAGCUUUAGAAGUCAGUAUUAUCAGCCCAGAGGUGCCAUUCCGCCGCCGGAAGCACCGCGGAGCCACCCGCAAAUGGGCAAUCCUUUCGAGAGACCGAGAGACGGACAAUCAACGUUUGGUCCACAUGAGCGCGCGUCGAUCGACCCACUUGCUCGCGAUGAUCGUCGAACCAGCGAUCCGCACGGUCACCCCGGCGAAGCUCAGUUCCGCGUUCUGCAAGAGCACCAGCCUCUGAUGAUGCAGCGCUCAAGGUCGUCGCUCGGCAUCGAGGGUAAGCGUGGUCGUGCCUCACCUUUGCCGCAGGCUGUGCAAGGGGCGCAGAUGCAGCCCACGGGAGCUGGCUCCGAUCCCAACAUCAAGAGUGAGUUCGGCCGCAUAUUUCAAGGACUGGGAAGCGGCAUCGGUCCGGGACAUAUGACACCGUCGCGGGGAAGCCCCAUGCCGCAGCGACAGCCGCCCUCAAAUCUAGACGGGGAAACGGUCACCGUCAGCGAUGGUGAGGCACCGCGCUCAGGCAGCUUUUCAAAGCGGCACAAGCGCGUCAAAGAGGAAGACCUCAGUCGCUACGACGACGAAGGCAGGGGCACUCCACUCUCCAGGGCUGGCAAGCGACACAAGCAGGGUCAUCACCAUCAUAUCCAUCAGCACAAUCACCCGCACCACCAUCACGUCCACGGACACGUUCACAACAGACCCGAAGAAAGUAUCGGGAUUGUGGGGUCGACUUCCACGACGGCACAUCACCAUCACCACAUCCACACGAGCCAUCACCACCACCACACGCCUCUCUCGUCGCGGCCGCAGGCGCAGACUCCAGCGAUGCCGAUUCCCAAGCCGGCCGUGCAUGUCAGCUCACAGGCAGUUUUUGACGCCGUCAAGGACAGGUCGCGUAGGCACCUCGGCAGUGAGUUGUACGAGCCGACCAUCGCGCUCCCGCCUAACGCCAUGGCAUCCCACACGGAUGAUAAGUUCGGUUACUUCUUGCGCUACAAACCGUCGCGUGUGUUCGAGGACGUGGACCUUAACUGCACCUUUACCGUGCGCGUACCACGGUACUACCUGACCAAAGAGGCACGCGAGAACGUCCAACGCAACAGAGCGCUUGUCGGUACAGGCAUCUACACGGACGAUUCAGAUCCGCUGGCAAUGCUUGUUCACGAGGGCUGGCUCAGGGGGGAAUGGCCAGAGGAAGUGGAUGUAGAGAUGAUGGAUCUCCCUGUCCCGCCGGCGGAGGACGCGGUCGUGCAAGAAGUGUACACGUCCCGUCCCGCUGUUCCACUCCUACCUCCAGAAGGCAAGGACCUGCACAUCACGUUGCUCAUCCUUCCACGCCUCAAGAAAUACACCGGCUCCGUUCGGUACGGGCUCCGCAGCCGCGAUUGGGAAGUUGGCGAUACCCACGACGGCCUCUCCUGGGCCCUGCACACCAUCCGAUGGAUCGACGAAGGUCCGAGCUCUGGUCUCAAGCGUUCUGGCAAGGCGCGCCGAGAAAGAAUCGAGAGCCUCAGGAAAGAAGCCGCGCUAGGCCUCAUCGGCCUGAUGGAUGCUGGUGUCGCGGGUCCCGUAGCUGUUGCGUAGCGCGAUUGGUUACUGUGUAUCAAAUCAGCAGGUUCCACUUCAGAUACCCGAAUACAAUACGUGUCGUUGACUCAAUUUCCAACAGGUCUUGAUCAUCACACCUUCUUUUUGUUCCCGUCCUUCUUUAACCCCCUGCACAUAUCUUCGUAUCUCUCCUUCUCUCAUCGCUUCCGGCGCUUUGUUCGAUGUGGAAACUCAAGCCUCACGUGCCUUCUUUUAAAGCCGUCGAACAUUAGGACUCAAAACUCUUGAGUUCUACACCAGCAAGUUGCGCGACCAAGUCUGAGAGUUCGGCCUACACACCGUGGCUUGCCGACAUUGGCUACGGCUAGUCCCCGCGCGCAGUGCUGUCGAUGGGCGGGGCUUCUCUUCCGGAGCUGAGUUGGUCUGACGCUGAGGGUGAUGUUCUAGAGAGAUCC